UCCUACAGCGGGGAUUCAUGACUACGACGGAGCCCCUCACACUCCCCAAUGAGCAACCGCAGGCGACAUGUAGGCAAUAGGGCGAACCCUGAUCCAAACACGUGUUUGGGAGUGUUCGGGUUGAGUUUGUACACCACAGAGCAGGAUCUGCGGGAGGUCUUCUCAAAGUACGGCCCACUUACGGAUGUGUGCAUUGUCUACGAUCAGCAGUCACGCCGCUCGCGAGGGUUCGCCUUUGUUUACUUUGAGAACAAAGAGGACUCUCAGGAGGCGAAAGAGAGAGCAAAUGGUAUGGAGCUGGAUGGUCGCAGGAUCCGAGUGGACUUCUCCAUCACCAAGAGACCACACACCCCUACUCCAGGGAUCUACAUGGGCCGGCCCACAUAUGGAGGUGGAGGUCCCAGUCUGAGUUGGCGUCGUGAUUAUGAUCGAGGUUACGAUCGCUAUGACGACCGUGAUUACUACAGCAGAUCAUAUAGGAGGAGGUCUCCAUCUCCAUACUACAGCCGUGGUGGUUAUCGCUCACGUUCACGCUCCUACUCCCCCCGUCACUACUGA